GGCCGAUUGUUGCAACCUACGCUUAUGAGAUUUUAACACAGGCGUGUGUCAAUUAAUCACCCUAUUUAAUAUCAUUCCGACGAAAUAGCUUGUUUAAUAGUGGAACUUCGUGCACACCAAUUUAAACGAACGACGAAUCAACCGAUUUGAUCGGUAAAAAUCGGAACUACCGACUAAGUAUAGUGAUUGAUCGGCCAAUGCCUGUGUUAAAUUCCCAUAAGCGACGGUGCAACAAUCGGCCGAUUCGCACCCGAUUUAGUCGGGUCAAUUUUCUAUGGGGAUGUUUUCCUUUUGCUGCUGUCAAAAAGCUUGAAUCGCGUUCUCGAACGGAGUCGUAAAUUCCGCAUGUGUGGUUCGAUUUCGGUUUAAAAUUCGCGGUGGUGUAGUGAUUUUUUGCGGUUUUUGCGCACGAUUCCAGCGAAAUUCUUUAAAUUUGUGUGUCCUCUUCGUAAAUCAUUUGAAUCAGAUUUAAAAAGACUUAAAAAUGCAGCAGGACGAGAUCGUUUGGAGCAUCAUCAGCCGGCAGUUCUGCUCGUAUAUGGUCAAAACGCAGACGCAAAACUUCUGCCGCAACGAGUACAGCCUGACGGGUUUGUGCUCGCGUAAGGCCUGCCCCAUCGCCAACAGCCAGUACGCCACAAUCCGGGAGGAGAACGGCAUCAUCUAUCUGUACAUGAAGACGGCCGAGCGGAAUGCCUUCCCGGCGAAGCACUGGGAAAAGGUAAAAUUGUCCCGCAACUUCGAGAAAGCCGUCCAUCAGAUCAACGAAAAUCUGCUCUACUGGGAUCGGUUCGUGCGUCUGAAAUGCAAGCAACGCUUCACCAAGAUAACGCAAUACCUGAUCCGCAUGAGGAAGCUGAAGCUGCGACGGCAGAAGAUGCUGGUGCCGCUGUCGACGAAGGUGGAACGGCGGGACAGGCGACGGGAGGAGAAGGCACUGGUGGCGGCCAAGAUCGAUAAUGCCAUCGAGAAGGAACUGAUGGAACGAUUGCGGAAGGGGGCUUACGAGGAUAUAUAUAACUUCCCGCAGACUGCCUUCAAUAAGGCGAUGGAAGCAGAGGAGAUCGAGGACGAAGAGGAGGCGGAGAGUGAGCUGGAAGAAGAGGUGGAGAAGGAGAUGGAAAUCGACGAGGAGAUGCAGAAGGAGUUGGAUAUGGAUGGGGAGUUUGUGGAGGGUGAUUCCGAGGAUGAUGAUGAUGAUGAAGGUGAUAAUGAGGAAGAUGAAGAUAUCGAAGAUGAAGAAUCAGAUGCAGAAAGUGAAUCAGGUGUGAGAGAACGAGUGGAAGUUGGUAGUGAUUUUGAGUCGUCAGAGGAUGAAGAUAUUGAGGUUAUGGGCAACCAGUAG